UUCCUUGGUCAACUAAACGUAAAUUACGAGCUGGUAAGGAAAAAGUUGUGUUCUUCACUCGUCUUGAAGGUAAUUUCUGCCUUCAGAAGUACGCAAUUGGAUGAUUUACCUCAUUUGUCGCUAAACAUGAGAAACAUUUAUUUUCGUUACUGAUUAGAUCAGUAAAUUUCUGUUCUAAGCUUUCAAUUUUCUCAGCUUAUUUUGCGCGAUCGGAAGUCCCAAAUCGCGCUGUAGCACGUGUCAUCGCAAUAGCUGAAAGUUAUCCUCUAAUGCUUCGGGACGAGAUAUGAGUUAAAGGAUUUGCAUACAGUUUGCGUUGGUUAUUUAGAAGUUGAACAGAGAAGCAGUGCGGCACAAACGUUCUGACCGAGAGGUGCACAGUUUUUAAUUGCAUAACAAGGGUUGAUUUCAAAAUUGAGGAUCACGUCACAUUUAUUUAGGUUAUUAGCCAAAAGAACGAACUGAUCUGCCGCGUGAACUUCUUAUGAGUGGUGAAUGAUAAUUAUUGGUAAAUUUCUGUUUAGAUUAUUACGUGUGAAUUAAACUAUCUUUCAUCAGUUUACUCGACUAUACAACAUUUAGAUUCUCACGAUCGAAUGAGUUUGUGUUGUCCUGUUUCAGUGAAACGUCAUCAUGAAGGUCCAGCACUGGUUCUUGUCAUUUUCUGCCGGCUUGUGUUGGCUUUUGGCGCCAACCGGUUCAGAGGUUAGAAAUAUCACAGUUUCUCCUAGUAAUGUUGUAUAGUCAUGUAUUCCCCGCAGAUUUAACCGUAACUUACACUGUCUGAUUUAAUUUUGUCCUCGAGCUCCCGUAUAUAGUCAAACUAAGGGUUAAUGUUGGCCAGAUUGUCGUUUUUCUCAGAACGACGAGGGGGUGUCAGGCGACAAAACAAGGGAUUUUUCCCACUGGUAUUUUGUUGACUUACUCGUCUAAUGCCCCACUUGGGGGGUGGAAAACGAAAAUAUUGGUAUAAGAAGUUUUCAAAAGGGAAGCCGGACGUAAACAGGAAUUAUACUGUUUGCCAUGAAAAUUGACGCUUGAAUUGCAAUGAGACGCCGCCGUUCCAAUUAAAAUUGUGAACGGUUUAGACAUCUAGUUCUUGAAAAGUUUAAUUUAUCCAAAAUAGGCGAGACGCAGAGAUACUCCCCGAUGUUGUUCUUUUUUUGUUUUUUUUUAACGUGUGGAACUGAUUACCUUUGGGUUGAAUCAUGACCUUUGUACGAAAAAACUGCCAAUGAUUACAACACCCUGUCAAAUUUAUUGAGGGCGCGCUCAAAAUUCUCUAAUGAUGCUAUUCUAGGCCCGAACAUAUCCUGUAAAAUUGACCAAACUGUUGUUCUCCUAAAGCUCCGUGAGAAGAUGUUUUCGCGGUGUUUAAAAGAUAUCUAUUUCAACUUUAAAUCUGGAAAACUGCACCUCGCGUGAUUGAAGUGUUACAGGUGUUACAAUAUUCCCGAAGGGCGAACAAUGUUGAAGUCUUUCCCAUGUUGCAUUCCAGGGCUUCGUUUCGAAAACGCAGUCAAUAACCGCAGUAUUAAAAUUCAAGUUAGGGAUUGUCUAUCGACCCAUGUCCUGUGGUUAUUAGAAGCAUAUCGCCGGGUUGUCUUUCAUUCCUAAACAGUUUCGCCGAGAGCGCUAAUUGUAUAACUGUCAAGAGGAAAAUGUCAAAUUGCCAAAAUGCCAUGCCAUGAGUUUGCGACCUUCGUUAGUUACCUUUUCCAUAACUGUCACAAACGUUUCCUUAUUUAUACUUUCCACCCUUUGAAACCUCGAAAUUUUGAAAUUCUUCACAACGGGAUACCUUGUGUUCAUGUCUAAGGAACGUUAAAAAUAAGUAUUGUCAGACAACAACACAAGUGUUCUCCCUAUACCAUUACAUCAACAAAGCUACGCACGCCUUAAAUUUAUCUUUAUUGGGUAAUUAAAAAAACCCAAAGAGGAUUUUUCACCCUAAACUUGAAAGCAAAUCUCGACAGGUAGGGAUGAAAAGGGGAUUUUAAACCCUGAAGUGGCUGAUACUCAAUAGGAAUCACGCAAAGGUUGCACCUUGUGAAAGAAUUCGGUCGUUGGAAAUGAGCAGUUUUCCCCAUCGAUGAAUUUUAAGAAGUGUUCAGAAGUUGGUAUGCUUUGGGUCAAUCAGUCAUGCGUUACAGAGAACUGUUUUAACUAAAACGAAGUAUUGAAUUAUACAUCCUCUGCUAUAUAGGACAUGUGAGAUGAACAUUAAGGAGAUAAAAAUGAAAUGCCGGGAGAUAGAGAAGAUUUUUGUCGUCGCGACGAUUUUGGAAAAUUCAGAGGAAAUUUCUCCAUACGAAAAACUGUGAGAUAGUUUCUUUUAAAGCCGAAGAUAAAACUUAUUUAGCUAUUCGACAUUUUCCGGACGUAGAGGCAUCAAAUAAAGAAUCUGGGUAAACGAAAGGCUCCUUUUGAGCCUCCACUAACAAUUCAAUGCAUUCUUUCUUUGUAAACCUGUUUAAAAUGGUUAAAGAGGAAUUAGAGGCAGCUUUCUUGGAGACACCACAGCAUUGUGUUUCCUGAGAUAUACGCUAACAUAUCAAGUAUCGAAAAAGUCAGUAAAAAUAACAUUCAUAAAGCAAAUGGCCACGUUCUAUGAUCUCAAACGGCAAUCAAACAAACCAAGAGGAUGAGAAAAUUAAAUCUUCGCUUAUUUUCCACAUUGUUCUAAAUGCGCUUAAAUAUCUUUUAGCCCUAUCGAUUCCUACAAUUCGUUAGCUUUUUUAAUUCUCUGGUACUUUAUCGUACAUUGUUUGAUUUGCUUUGUCUUUAGGCUUAUACUUUUUAAAGACAUCACAGCUUUCUUUUUCCGGAGAUAAAAGCUAACAUAUCAAGUAUCCAAAAAUUCCGGAAAAAACCUUCGUAAAGCAAAUGGCCAGGUUCUAUGAUCUCGAACGACAAUCUAACAAACUGGGAAGACGAGAAAAUUAAAACUUCGCUCAUUUUCCAGGUUGUUCUAAAUGCACUUAAAUAUCUUUUCGUCCUAUUGAUUCCAACAAUUUUUAAUAAUUCUCUGGUACAUUAUCGUACGUUGUUUGAUUUGCUUUGUCCGUAAGCUUAUACUGUUUGGAAUUAAUAAUAGUAAUAAUAACAAUUGCGAAAGAUGAAAGGUCGAUUGACGCACCCCACAAAUAGUUUUUUUCAUCUUAAUCCAUUACGGAUAUUUGUUCGCAGGCAAGUUUGACUAUCAAAAGUGACACGCGAGACAACUUUUCAGCAAUUAUAUCAUUUUGGAGAUAAUUUCCUUCCCAUAUACACCUUAUAAUCCAAUCUCUGUUGUAAAACUAAGUUAAAAUAAGUUCUCGACGUCUCCGUGUUUCGUCAAUAAAUUGUUAAUUUGUUGUACUUAGUUUAAAAGAGCGACGCAACCUCCUUGUACCAAAAAAACCUUGGCAUGUACUUAAGAGCUGUAUGCCUGUAUAUGCCUUUUAAAUUAGCCACAUGAUAACCUCCGUGAAGUAAUAGAUAACCUUCGAAACCUUGGCUUAGCGAUAUCAUGAAGCUCUGAUUUUUCUUCGUUUAGAGUUAACAGGAUAAUUUGUGUCAGCGCACCAGAUUGUUCAAUUCAACAUAACAUGUUUGCUUUUUGCUGAAGAAUAUCUUUUGCUGCUCAUUUAGUGUGAUGAGAGAAAUUUUUUUUCCGAAAUGUAUCUUAUCAAUAAUAAUCUUUCCAUGAUCUCAACGCAUACGCGAGUACAAGUAAUUACAAGCGUUUAUUGAUUCUCCCAAAUAUCAACAACGAGUUGAUGACAUAGAAUUGAAGGAAAUGUUUAUUUAUGACUUCAGUCACUCAAAUUAAGAGAAUAUUCGCAUGUCCUGAUAAGCAAAGACUUUUCUUAUCUAUUGUUAGCUUAUCGUUGUCUUCAGAUUCAUUGCGAUAACAAAACCUUUUUAUAAAACACCUAAAAACCAUCCUUGAAUCGAUCACGAAUUUUGUGCGCUCCGCGCGCACGCUUAGGACGUACUUUAUGGGAUUUUGCGUGAUUCCCCCGGGUGUUUCGGGCAGAUUUCGGUAUUUUCAUACAUAUUUGAAAGGGACGGCUUAUUUUCGACAAGCGGUUUACUGACUGGAAAAAAAGGUGGGGAAUACCUAAUCAGCUAUCUUUUCAUCAGAGUCGAUGUCGAUGACGAAAACAGUUAAUUGGGUUAAUUUAAUAGGCAAUUGUUUGAUUAUUUCAAGAUUAUGUUUGCGGAAAGGAGGCAAUGUCGGUAAGGUUCUAGAAAAGGGGCACUUUGUGUUGUAUCUAUAGUCAUAAGGUCAUCUACUAAGUUGGUCAACGCCUAAUCUUUGGUAGAGAUUCAAGUGCAGCAUUCAUACAUUUCAUUACCGUAAAACCGUGGCAGACAACACUGUACACAAACCCACUGAAAGCUAGCAUGUCCGAACGAUGUUGAAUCAGAAUUAAUGUAUUUUAUACUCCGUGGGUGACAUCAAAACUUCUGGACGGAUUAUUCCUCAGUAUCUAAAAACCUGCAGAUUCGUUUUUGAAUUGUCAGGCAAUUAGGCUAACAAAAUAAUCGCAAAGAGAUUAUGGGAUUACGAAUCAAACAUGAGAAGAAUUAUGUUUUAAUCCGUCCGUAGAUUACGGUUAAUCUGGCGGGUGGAAAAUUCUAUACUCGCGUGGAAUCUGUUUUCGCGUCAGUAUUUCGGUAGGCAUGAAAAUAAUGAUUAGAGACACAAAAUGUUGAGACAGAGGAAUCAGUAAAUGGCAUGAGAUGAAAUGUCUAGACUUCUUUUUAGUAAAAGUAUCUUGCCUUUUAUCUCCUUGAUAUUUCCCUCCCACUGGUAAACUAUACGAAACAACCUUUUAAUUCAAUUAGCGCCUAAGAGGGCACUGCUGAAAGACUUUUAUGACUUUGCUACAGAGUACAGUGAUAAUUCGGCAAGUCUGAACGAAAUAGCACUCUCAAGGUUUACCUCCCCCGUUCCAGACGAGACAAUUCUGACAAUCUUUUAGUGCAAAUGACUUUAAAGAGCUCUUCGAUUGGUUAUGGUCGGUACGGUUCUAAUUAACGAAAGUAUCUCAAAUUUUCGUGCUUUAGAUUCCUUUGUGGUGAGCCUAAAUUUAAUGGGUAGAAUCACGUAAAAGUUGAACAAGAGUAUUUGUGGUUGGUUUUGCUCCCCAUUACAACGGAUUUAGAUCAUCUCAAAUGAUUAGAACUCAGUGUUAGGAGCUCAUCAUUUGAAGUGUCCAUCCAUCGGCCAUAUCUUAGUACUAUGCUGUUUGCACUUUAGAACGGUCAUUCGUGAAUGACUUUUGCAAGAAAAUUACUGUUUUCGGUGUCGUCUGUAUAGAAUGAUUGUGAAGCAGAUGAGCUGAAAUAAAUAUACAAUGGCAGUUGGCCAAGAGAAGCAUUUGGCCAGAGCCAAAAAAAUCGUGUUGCAUCAUGCAAUAUUAAAGUAGAGAAGGAUGUAACAUCUACCAACAGCAAUCGCUAUUAAUUUGUUAUCCAAUUCUAAUUCGCGGGAAAGAUUUAUCUCCGAUUUGCUGGAACCUCUCAUUAACGGAUUUGUCUCCCUUGAAGUCACAGAUAGUUAUACCAGAAGGUUUCAGUUAACUUAAGGUUUUCCAGCCAUCAGUCUCCAAUGUAAGCGUGCUUUCUAAAGGGUUCUCAAGCACUGCUUCACGUUUCCAGUCAACUAGUAAAUCAGACGGCUGGUACCCAGGUCAUUAUCGACCAGUUUACAGUAAAUGUCAGGCUGCAUAGACAGAUCCAAAAAAGGGGAAAAAUUUUUCUAGACAAAUAAAGUGGUUCAUUGUCUAUAAUUUUAUUAGAACAUUCCACAUUAUUUUUCUCCCUAGUCUAAGGAUUAUAGAUCAUUAUUCUGACGAACUCAGCCAAAUGACAGCGUGAUCUGAUAGGUGAACAUCUCUCGUAACCACGCAUAAAUCGCAUGAUUCCAAUUUGUGUACCUCUCAAUCUUUUUCUUUUCAAAUGUCUGUAGGCUCAAGGUGACGAUGGAUCAUCGUCAAAGUGGGGGCCUUGGAGCGAGUGGAAACCUUGCUCCCGAACUUGCGGAGUAGGAGUUUCUUAUCAAGAACGAGAGUGCCAGGAGAAGGAAAGGUUACAAAGUCAAAUGUUUGUCUGUUUGUUUCUGUCUUUGUUUUCUCAUUUGAUCAAACAUCCCAUUACGUUCGAGUGAUCCACUGGAUAUAUUAUUCAAAAGAAAUAGUUACGCUCUUGCCAGAUAAAAAGCUAAAAUUAUAUGAACUGUGGAUCUGUGGAGAGGUAGACGAAUUAGGAUCUCUACGUCUGACCGGAGCUAUAUACGGGUACUUUAACUUACGUUUAUGCCAUGGUACUGAUAACUCAAAAAUGCAGUUUUUUUUCCUGAAAAAGAGGAUUGCUCGUCGAACUAGUGAGCUUUACUCUUUCCCAUCCAAUUUACUUGUACCUAUACAUUCCUUUUGAGUUAGAAGUUGCACUACAUGGAUUUUGUUUUUCACCCGAAAUUUAUGGAACCUGGCCUAGUUAGGGUAAAAAAUCUGGACCAAAACAGUGCCAGAAUUUACAACAAUGAUACUUUCACCACCACACUCCCAAAACUUCCAAAAUCUAAACAAAAAUUGUGUUGAAGAUUUAAUAGUGCAGUCGAAAAGUUUUACUUUUUUGAUUAUCAUGUUUUUGUUUUCUCAGACCAGAUGACUUUUGCAGAGGAGGUAACCGCAUUUAUAGAACAUGUAACAUCCAGGUAAUAGGUUAUUUCUAUACCUUUCCCGUCAAUCGAUGUCAGUAAGGCCUAGUUCAAACGUCGAUCUUUACAUGUACCGAACCUAACGUUUCUAUUAAGUACAUGUAAAGAUCGACGUUUGAAUCAAUUAGGAUCGGCAGAUUUGUAUUCGGAUCGACAGUGCCGUUCUAUCCGACUCGGCUAGUCGGAUAGAACGGUAAAAGAUCGGCAUUGAUUCAUACGUCGUACUUUACAUGUACCGAACUUAAUGCAUACAUUAUACAUACGUUAAAAUAAUUAUGUUUUACCCACAAUUCAAGAAAGUUCGCUUACGUACCAUGCGCGAAAGCCUUCGAACCAUUCAAACAAUAUGGCGGGAAAGGAGGAAGGCUCGUGCUCCUCUUGUUUUAAAACCACAAAAUAUACCUGUCUUACGUGUAAGGAGUACUUUUGUAUUUUGAUGUUCCUUUGGGAAAUAAGCAAUAAUAGAAGGCAAGCCAAAUUCAAAACUCGUCUUCUCCUGGUAGCAAGGUUGUUUAAUGCUAACUGCAUCUUGAGUCGCCUUUUUCUACCCUCCUUAAUCGCAUUUGCAAGAAAAACAAGCUCUUCAUUUCCACAAGUUAUGCUUCCCGCAUUUUUUUCCGCCAUUUUGGUAGGCAUUAACCGCUGACUACAAUGGAGUUAUGUUCAGUUUUGCAAUUAGGAUCGACUAAAUUCGGAUCGACGUUUGAAUCAACUGCCGCUCUUAAUUAUUCGAGUCGACCCAAAUUGCAAUUAGGUUCGGUACAUGUAAAGAUCGACGUUUGAACUAGGCCUAAGAGAAUACCAACUGACAUUCUCUUGAUGUCAGUCUAAAUUUACUUUAUCUUCACGUUAUUAACAAGUUAUCGUUAGUUCUGUUCACGGUUGACCAGUCUUAUCUUAGAUCAACCCUUUAACUCCCAGAUCAAACUUGCAAUUCUCCUUACUGUUAACCAUACAAUUUUACAAUUUUAGUUCCGAGAAUUUAGUAUUAGAUCAACUACUUAUCCCCAAAUUGAUAUUUUUCUUUAUUCUCAACACUUACUGGUUGAUAUUGUAUUGAUAUAGUAAGGAGAUAUUCUGUCUUGGUCACUCACGGGAGUUAAUGGGUUAAGUAGAUAAUGAAGGCAAAGGCACUAUUAAAACUGAUCAAACUUUCCAACUUUCUGACGUAAAACAUUUGGGAUGAAAGAUUGAAGAGAAGCCAGUGUUAAGAUUCACAUUUAGCACUAUUCUCAAAUAGAAGGAAUAGAAAAAGCCUGUUUUAUGUACAUAAAAUAGAUGUGUUAAUGAUAAAAUGCGUUAAGUAUACCUUGUUGAGUACAAGCACCGUAAUAUUUCAAAUUUCCAGCACCUCUUAUUUUCCUCUAUAUAUUAGGAUUGUCCAGAAGGAUCCAGGGAUUUCCGUCUCGAGCAAUGCGAAGCCUUCAACAAUCGGAUAGUGGAUGGGCAAAGAUUUAAAUGGGUUCCAUAUAUACCAGGUAUGAUUUCAAACAAGGAAGAAAAUUUUGCUUCUGUAAUCAAAUCUUUCUAAUUAUUACAGUAAACAAAACAUAAAGUAGGCCAUUGCCGGUUCAGAGUGCUGCAGACGGGCGUUUUUCAGAAAAGCUAUAAUCUUUAACCCGAAUAAACACAUUUAUAAAAAUAUCUCUCAGGAUUUUGAUAACAGUUUUGGUGCAGUUUAGUUCUGCUCAAAAAAGUUUUCAGUUCCCUUCCUUUGGAUUAUCUGAACUUAUUUUAAAUUCCCAAAAAGAGAGAAAAUCUUGGAAAAGUGUUGGUGUUCCAUACCUAUUAUUUCCAAUUUUCAUUUGAUUUUUAAACGUAAGAGUAAUUUAUUUUUGUUUACUGUCUAGUAAACGGAAAAUGCGUAUUAAAUUGUAUGCCGAAAGGAGAGUACUUCUUCAUGCGCUGGGCAGACAAAGUGGUGGAUGGAACAACGUGCAAUAUUGACACGUAUGAUAUUUGUGUGGAUGGAAGAUGUGAGGUAUGUUAAUGGGUAAUAAGUUUGCAAUGGUCUGUCUACAUUUCGGAUCUGUAAGUCAGCGGCGCACGACCCCGGAAGCCAUUGAACCAAAGCUUAUUCCUGUUUGAGUGACAAGGAGAAUAGCAGCUCUCCUCGAAAAGUGAUGCAAGUCCAUCGAAGGGUUCAAGUGUAACCACCAGAAUUUUGCUGGGAAAAUUCGAUGCCACCCAAUUAUACUUGUAAGAGUAGAGAUCACUGCGGAAUUCAAGUGUGUCGCUCAAUAACGCUUCACUCUGAUAUACCAACCCAGGGACCGAGAAUGGAUCGACUUUUCCCGUUCUAUGAGCGUGUGGAAAUCUCGAGUAGCUGCACAAACAUGUAACAAGUUUUUAAAAAUGAUAGACAGACAUAGGUUUGCAUGUUAUCAGAAGGAAAUGCUAUAAUUAGCUGUCUAAAUAACUCCUGGAUUGAACUGCUUUUGGUUUUAUUUCCUACUCUUUACGGGGAUUUUUUGGAAAAUCAAGAUUAAAACGAAGCCCCUUUGCCACUUGCGUUCAUCGCGCUUAGAGCCGACUGUGCAUGUUUGUUUUACGUUUUGUUGCGCAAGUGCAGUAAGGACAAUUCUACAUGCCUGGCUUAAGCUGACCUGUCAGACAUGAUUUAUUUUUUCGUAGAAACUUGGUUGCGAUCUCAUUUUGAAUUCCAAUGCGAAAGAAGAUAAAUGUCGAGUGUGUAAUGGUAAAGGACAGAAUUGCAAAACACAGAAGGGGGUGAACAAGGAAGAAGGCGAUGGUGAGUCUAUAAAUUUCUGAGUCAUGUAUAAUCUGGCUGGCGGUAGACGAAUAUUCCGUAAUCAGACAAGUUUUAUGAACGAAUCUGCCCUAGAAGAGAAGUCAAUUUUAGUGCCGUAAUGAUUCGAUUUAGUGCCUGGGCGCCUAAUUACUUUAGAUACCUCAGGGGAGGGCGCAUAUUCGAAACAGGGACAGGGAGCUUAUUUCUUUUUUUGAGAAAAAGAAGUAUUUGAAGCAAAGCUUUGAUGUUUAUUUCACUGAAGUUCAAAAAGACUGGUUAGCGCACUUGUUGCCCCCUGGAUCCUUCUUUGCUAGAACGAUUAGCCAAGCAACCAUCGCAAAAUUUUAAGACGGAAACUUUGGUAUCAAAGAACCGUGCACUCACGGCGACAUAAAUAAUUGAGAGACUGAGACGAAGACCACUUUUUUGUCGUGAGGCUUUUAGUGACCAAUUAAAGAAGGAUGCACCAUGGUUGAUCUCAAUGUACAUGUACUCUAACAGUGCUAUUACUGAAACAGAACAGCGGCGCUUAUUGAAAUAGGGGCGCUUGUUGGAAUGAGGGUGCUUUCUCCGUAGGGGUGUUUAUUAGAAUAGGAAUUAGUUUUCCACACGAGAAGCCUCUAAGUGAGUGCUUUAAUUUCCCACUUGUAUUUAUCUGUUUUGUUAAAUUGUUUUUCAGGAUAUAAAGAAAUUCUGACGAUUCCUGCUAGUGCUACCAAUAUUGAUAUUCAGGAAAUGGCACCCUCGACGCAUUUCUUAGGUAUUACAAGCUUUCUAGUUUCGAGAUGUUAGAGCCUUUCCUUUUCUACGUCACACUUUGUCAACUUGUGAAGUUAAACAACACCUUCUACGUUUCAUCGUCAACUAUUCUAACAUAUCACCCGCUAAUAUGCGUGUUCUGGCUUAAAUAUGUAGAGCGAGAAGUCAUACGCACCUAACUUUUAUACUGAGUGCAGGUCAAUUCUGAUUUCAUGGGGCACUUACUGCGUCAGCUAAGUUUGUACUGCAAGGCAUGUUACAUGUCGGCUCAAGGUCAGACAGAUGCCUUACAACAAGCUGAAAAAAUCAAAUAUUUAAUUUUUUUCUUUUAUAGACUGCAGGUCAAUUCCGAUUUUAUGGGGCACUUGCUGCGUCAGCUAAUUGUUGUACAGCAAGACAUGUUAUAUGUCGGCCCAAGGUCGAAGAUAUGUCUUACAACAAGCUGAAAAAAUAAAAUAUUCGAUUUUUUUCUUCACAUAUUUCGUGUUUAGAGAACCUGUAUUCAGAGAACAUUUCUAUAAAGCAGACACUGGGAGCGAGACCGACCAAACACCUAUCUUGAGCAAACAUUUUAAAGUUUUACUGUAUCGUGGAUUUUUAUAGCAUAUUCCUGUGUAAGAUAUGUAACAAAGCAAAAUAUGUAGGUCCACGAGGGAUGUUGAAUCACAGAUCAGACGCCCAUAACUUCUGAUAAAACGUUCAGUCCUUAACUGUUUAACCCCAAGGAGUGGCUUGCAUUUCAUUUUCCAUAUAAUACCACCCUUGAAUUACUCAUUGAGGCCACAAAAAUAAAGGGAGUGAUCACCAACUAAAGAAGCUCUCGAUUUUAAAACAAGUUCUCCUCGUCAGCACCUUAGGAAACGUGUGAAGACAAGAGAUUAUAAACAGUUUGUAAUCUCUUGAUGACGAACAGAAUGAGAACAUGCACACUGAUGUUUGGUUGUAAAGAGUUAACCACAUUCGCGGUCAAUGUUUUAGCAAUCCGCCAUAACAAAACCACUGAUCUCUACAGCUGAUAUAUGGCUGUCUCUGUAACAGAACGAAACGUCAAGCUUAUUAUCGUCGCACAGUUUACCAGUACUGUAUGAACGGACACAAAGAAGGAUCCCUUGCAGGUUUCCACUAAGCAAAACUUACAAUGUGUCACGUAGAAUACACAUUUACUUGCUCUUUCUCUUUUGUUUUUUCUCCAGCUCUCUCUGACCUAUUCAGAAAUUACUUCUUUAACGGAGGCUAUCUCAUCAAAAAUCCCGCCAAGUACAAAGUUGCGGGCACCGUGUUUACUUACGAGCGAACCAGGUUUGGACAAGAGAGGAUAUUCGCUUUGGGACCUACAACAGUUCCUGUACAGGUCGAGGUAAGUGAAGCCGGAACCACGUUUGUUACAUUAAUGCAUCAAUGGGAGAGAAAGACCUCAUUCCGCACGAGAGCUUGCUCGCAGGCAUUACCGGCGAAGAAUUGUAUCAGCUAAGCCAUUGGGUUGGAGGAAGCGAAUUAAUCGUAAGGAUAUAUUACUGCGUUAACAAACAAACUGAAAAGCAAAUGAAGUAUGACCUUCUUAAAAGUGUACGAAACCCACGUGACCAAUUCGUGAUCAAUUUUAGGUUUGCAAAUGAUUGACGAGAGGGUGUGGAGCAAGUUUUUUUCGACCAAUAACAAAGUGUAACAAAGCAAAACCAAUCCUCCCAAUUUAAAAUUGCUUUCUACUGAGCACAUGUGGUUCUUCUUCUGAAUGUUUAACUUUUUGAAAAACGCUGUGAAUACUUUUCCAACUAAUAGUAGAUGUUAUAACAGGUUCUUUUUAUGGAAGGAGAAAAAAACCCAGGAAUUUCAUACGAAUAUUCUGUUCCAAACUCAGUGGUAAUUGACCCGAAUCCACCUCAAUUUUCCUGGAGAACUGGCGAGUUUGAUAAAUGCAGCAAAACGUGCGCAGGAGGUAAGAGCGUGAAUGUUAAACUCAUGGACUGAAAAAUAUGUGGCUGAAUACAAUUGGAAGAGUUUUUAGGAUGCAAAACCCGAACAGUUGCAAUCAUAGAUCAAUUCUCUAGGCUAAAAAAAACAUGUCUCUUCGCCUACAUCGAGAUUCAAACAACUGGAGCAACGUCAUCGCUUAAUACUAAUUAAAAUUUUGCGAGAAGAAGCUCUGUAGGCCUCUUAUAAAGAUGAACUUUCAAUUUGUUGGUUUGUUUUCUCGAUUUUUAUUUAGGGGAGCGAAAGAGACGAGUAUUUUGUGUCCGUGAUGAUAACGGAGAGGAAGUUUCUGACUCAGACUGUGCUGAAGAUCAGAAACCAUCCCACAAAAAAAGAUGUAAUACUCAACCUUGUCCCUCAAGGUAAAACCAUAACACAAGGCUGCCGGAUUCCUGGUUGGGGCUAAAAAAAUUAGCGUUUCUUUUAUACAUAUACCCACUAUGAUGCCCGCCUCGUUCCUUACGAGGUUUUCAUGUCACGCUUAGUACCAUUUUUAUGGUUGGUAUAAUUACUUUCGUUACUGUAGCGUUUGAGUGACAUCUGGAAGUUAUGCUACGCGAGACUUCGGUUAUCUGUCCCGGGGAGCGUGUGUGCGGUUGUACGAUCGAUUGUGCAGGAGACUUCGUGUUGAUUGCGUUUGGGCCUCGGUGUACAUUUAGAAAUAUUACUGUUCCUAUGGUUUUUUUCGAGUGUCUGUCAAUCAGCAGUGUCUCAUUCUCCAUUGUGGCCUAGGGUGUACCUCAAAUAAGAGCACCCUUGUUUAGAAGACUCGUACCGUUGGCCAGCCUGUUUCCUUUUUGGGGAUUUUUCUUUUUCUUUUUUGCGCCGAUUCCAAUAUUUAAGGCCGUUUUAUGCCUUAAGCAAUCGGUUAUUAUUCGCUUCAGUAUUCUUGAGCUUGCUUUUAAUUUCUUUCUGACUUACCUUUCCGCGUAUUGGUCCAUUUUACAUUUGUAGUUGGUUCGUAAGUGCCUGGAGUGCAUGCUCUACUACAUGCGGUCAAGGCAAACAGGUCAGACGGGUACACUGUCAGCGCGCGGUAGAAGGAGGGGAGACUGCCAUUAUCUCAGAUGACCAGUGUUCAGAUCCAAAACCGAUCACUAUGCGCGCAUGCCAUAUGGAGAAAAACUGUCCUAAGUGGUCUAUGGGUCAAUGGUCAUCGGUAUGUACUUGUAGUUGUUUAUCGUGAAAAAAAAAGAUUUUUAAAAUGAUUUCGUUUGUCUAAGGGCAAAAUCGCUUCUGAGGCAGAACCUAUUACUGUCCCAGGAGAACUGAAUAUUGAUAGAUUGUCCAUGCGCAAGGUUGAGGGGACUGUUCAAGAAUUUUUUAAUCUUCCUGAGGCGAAUAAUUCUUUCAAUUUGAAUUUCCAAAAACGUAGAUUUUAUUCAUUCCUUUGCUUCCACCUUCUCACCAAUCACAAAACUGAGAGAGGGAGUCUGGCUCGUAGAUCGCAUGCUCUUUUUCUAGACUGUACUUGACAGGCGCAGAAGCUGUAUAUAGCGCGAUAAUGUGUAAUGAUUGUGUUGACUUUGAGAAAAGUUUUGAACAGGCUUUAAAUGUCUUAUAAGAAGCCAAUUGCAACCAGUUUGAUCCCAAACGCCCUUAAACAAUCACCUCACGCAGGGUGAUUAUGGCGAGAUAUGACGCAAUCCUUAACCAAUCGGAGCCUGCGCGUCUCUAUUUUCACCUGAGGAAUUAUUCUCGAAUCGCUCUUCUUCUUUUUCUUUUUAAAUAAGAUAACCGAUGCACAAUACGAACUCAUCGAUCGUUGCUUAAUUCUAUCCUGCAGUGUUCUGCCUCUUGUGGGAUGGGCAACAAAUACCGAAAUGUCACGUGUGAGGCCUUUGAAACGGGUGCCAUUUUACCCCAAGAAAGCUGUGACCUCGCUUCGAAGCCGAAAGAAACCGAGAAGUGUAACCCGGGUCCUUGCACUGUAACCUGGCUUGCGUCGAACUGGAGCGAGGUAGGAUUGUAGAUUUUUCCUUCUUUGUGUGAAAAGUCCUAAUUAGGUGAGUGAAAUGGACAUGAUAUAAAACAUAUGAGUUACAAUCUCCUGAUACAUUUGGUCGAGGAUAUUGGUUAAUUUUCAACUCAGAUUUAUUUAAGUGUUUCAAAAGAGAUAUAUAAAAGUUAGUAACAGACAUUAUUUUCUCUACAUACUCCAAUCAAGCUUUGGUCCUUUCUCAUCGAAUUAAAGAAAAAGAGUAAAAGAAGUUUUGGGAUAAUUCUUUGUGGAGUAUCAAAGAGAUCGAGAUACUCUUAAAGCAGUGAAUAAACAUGUACUACAUAGUUGCAAUAACGUAGAAAGGUAUCUUUCAUUUCUCACGAAAGAGAGAAAAAGAACAAAUCAGGGAGUUUGCUGAUUUUAUGGUCGAUGCACCAUCAUAGAGUUUUACUUGGUGAACUCGCCCACAUACAAGGCUCGUGUGUGACGUGUGCUUUCCAUAUUGCGAAGAUCUGGGGCUAGAUUCCUUUAAAGGACAAUUUUUUUUGUUUGUACCACGCUUGUAGCAAAUUAACGAGUGACACCUUCCUUAACGGUCUUUCUUACUAAUAAUAUAUAAUUAUUUGUUUGUUUAUAAAUCGUUAGUGUUAUCCAAAAUGUGGAAAGGGAAUGAGCACCAGAAUGGUUUAUUGCGUGGGCAUCGCCAACAACGAGGAAAAGUACCCGGAUGAACUUUGUGACAUUUCGUCUCGACCAAUCAGCAAGAAGGAAUGCUUAAGCGAAACCCCGUGCCCCGCCAUGUGGCACGCUUCCCAGUGGAGUAGGGUGAGCACCGUGAAACACGUUUUAGUGGAUAAAGUCUUUCCGUAUUGAAACAGACCUUAGAUAGACCCUUUUCCAGUGUGAUAACUUAAAAUAAAAGUCGCCUUUUCAAUUUACACGAAGACUUCGUAUCAGCUCCGUAUCGUAUCAACGCUCGAACAAAUACCAUAUCUUUCUAAUCUAACCGAAUUUUAUUUUACCGCGUGAUGUUUCAUUCAAGACAGUUUGAUUUUAAAUUUGUAUAGAAAAAGAUACUAAAACAGGUAUUUAAGCAAAGAAUGAGUUUGUCAGAGUUAAAAAUGAAUUCCAUAUCGUCAGUCAGUUUAACGUAUUUAUGUACGGAUAAUAUUUAGAGUAUCAUUUUCAUAACAAUCGUAUUAACUUCUUUGUGAGAGCAAAACGGCCAUAAUGAGUGGUUCAUGGAUCCCAUCUGCACACCCUGUACUUUAGACAACUUAGACAGUAUAACUAGUAUCUUCUUUUUCUGUCACUUUUUCUAGUGUACAGCUACAUGUGGUUUGGGGAUGCAAAUGAGAAAUGUUUUGUGUGCCAAACGAGAAGGAGCGAAAACCCUUCGCAUCAUGCCGAGUGAUCAGUGUAAAAGAGAACAAGAGAUGUCAAAGAUACAAAAGUGUUCUGUCCGACCCUGCCAGGCGGGCUGGUAUAUCUACCCUUGGGAACCGGUAAGAGGACAAUCUCGAUGUUUCAAAAUUCAGCUUAAAACAAUAAACAUCAAAAGGGUUUCAGGAAAGCAUUACCGCUUAAGCCUCUGCAGAACCUAAAACUGUGCGACAAAAGAGUUUUAGAACUCAAAUUCGCUGGAAAUAGAUCCAAAGUUUUAUAAGCUAUAUAGAUUCUUGGCUGUAAACAACCAUUCGCCGAAAAUUACAAUUACUUUCGUGGUUAUAUUUCUACUCUGUCUUUUUGUUUGCGCUACUCGAUGUACAUGAAUGAAAUCCAUAUUUAGUGGAUUCUAUUGUUAUUGGUCGUGUGGCAAUCGGAGUGGCAACGAAGACCAACACACUGAAACUGUUUGGUUUUAAGUUGUGCUUAAUUAGUUUUAAGAAAAGAUAAAGGUCAACUUAGUUGUUUAAGGGGCGGUACCCCUGGUAAGGACUCGUUGAAACUGAUCAGAUCGCAUGUUACUCAGCUUUCUUUACAGGGAAGCGAUAGACAAGAAUCGCUAAUUGCCCCACCGAGGCCGGGUGCACAGACGAAGGGCUGACGCUCAAAAUGUCAGCUUUUAAACUCUUUACGGUGGCCAAUUUAGGUUAUCAACUCAGUAUCACUAAAAUACCCUUGGUGCUAGUCAGUCCAGUAUCAAAAUAAAUGCGCGAACAAAGAGCUUGAAGUUCUGUAGAUAACAGAUAACUAAGAGUUUUUAUUUUGGCGCACCAGAAUUUAAGUUUUUUGAGUUUGCGUUUUAAUUCACACAAAUAGUGUUCCAAGUCCUGUGGCCAGGGUGUCAGACGAAGAAGUGUUAAGUGCUUCGCGGACUCAAAGGAGGACAUCGAAGAGAAAUGGUGCAAAGCGGAAGAUAAACCUGUGUCGGAAGAGAUAUGUGUCGAGAAAGAGUGCGAAGGUUUGAUUGUUAAUGUAUUAAACGAACUUUAAAGUGAGAGCUUCUUACGCAGGAACAGAACGAGCGCAAUUCUUUUUUUCAGGGUAACAUACCAUUUUCUAGAAGUCAAUUCGUCUUUCUGCCACUUUAUGACCUUUGAUCUUAUGCCGACAUCACUAAGAGCAUAAUCUUUUCCGUAGACUAUGCACUUGAGCUGAAGGAAACGUAAGACUAAAGACUUUUCUAAUAAACUCUCGUGAAAAAGCACAAGGAUUCGCUAACAGCGACUUUAUGAUUAUAUUCACAGCUCCCGUUACAGUAACAACAACAGAGAUAAUUACCACCACCGAGCCAACGACACAAAAAAUUACCACAGUAAAUACUAUGACUAAAGUCAUCACCACAGCUGCAGAAACCACGACUGUGCCUCCGUUAACAACACCAGAAACCACGACUGUGCCUCCGUUAACAACACCAGAAACAACGACUGAGCCUCCGUUACCAACACGAGAAACAACGACUGUGCCUCCGUUAACAACACCAGAAACCACGACUGUGCCUCCGUCAACAACACCAGAAACCACGACUGUGCCUCCGUCAACAACACCAGAAACCACGACUGUGCCUCCGUCAACAACACCAGAAACCACGACUGUGCCUCCGUCAACAACACCAGAAACCACGACUGUGCCUCCAUCAACAACACCAGAAACCACGACUGUGCCUCCGACAACUGCUCGAAAGUUGCAGGCAGCGCAGAUCGUCCAACCCCCGAAGGAUACAAGUAAGUUGACGGGAUUAUAAAAAAGGGAUCAGGUGUAGAUUUUUAGGAAUUUUCUUCAUACAAAGAUAAAUUGUAGGAGUAUUUCUUUUUUCAAAACUUUAUCUACUCGUUGCAUAUUUCCAAUACCUGACUAGAUAAAUGGUUCGUUCAGAAAACAUUGAACUUUCGAUAAAAGUGCCUUCCUUUUGUUAUUUGGAAGGUGCUGGGGGGCAAGUUAUAUCAUGGAGAUUUCCAAGCAAUUUUCAACUAGGCGUCGAAAAAAAAAGUGGCAAAAUGAUGCGGCUCAGAUGCACAUUUAAAACGAAUUUGGACGCGUUCAAAAUUUUAAUUUUUAUGAGAUUUUUCGUUUUUUAUGAAACACCGUUUCGAUUACUUUGAUUUGGUUACAAGACAGAAAUUUGUUCCAGUGAAAUCUUCGGGCAAGUGACUUGAUACGUUUUACAUUUUCAGUGGCUUACGUUGGCACCGAAGUUUUGUUCCGUUGCCGAGCAACAGGCUAUCCAGCUCCCGUCAUCAGCUGGCGAAAAGGCGCCGUUCCUGUUAGCAGUCUGGAUUCAGAAAGGAUACAAAUACUCAAAAAUGGUGACCUGAGGAUCAUUGACAUUAAACAGAAAGAUAAUGACGUUUACUCUUGCUUUGCAACUAAUUGGGUCGGUCCAAUGCACACUGUAGAAGCCCGGUUAGCUGUAAUAGUCCCAGUCUCCAUUUCUGUAUCACCGAAAAAUAAGACCGUGAGUCCUGGUCAAGAUGUUAAGAUCACGUGCAAGUCAGGUGGUGUACCAAGCCCCAUAGUGGAGUGGUACAAGGACAAUUCUCUCAUAACCAAACAGGGAAGGGUGAGGGUGUCGAGAACCGAUGUUGUUAUUUCGCAAGUUCAGCCUUCUGACAGCGGAUAUUAUCAGUGCAGUGGUCGCAAUAACUACAGCGGAGCUAGCGACCAAAUGUAUUUGAAUGUGGUUAAGAGAGAAGGUACGUAUGGCCUCAGAGAUGUUAUUUUUUUAAUCAAUCUUUGUUGCUAACUGGGAAAUGCCCACGAAAAUUCCUAAGUUCUGUAUGUUUGGACGUGGGUUUGGAAAGCUUGGAGAUCGAGGGUAUUGAACAAGAUUUAAAUUAAAGCGACACAGGGAAUCUUGCGGCUUUUUACUUUCUUUUUUCUUUUUGAGAUCCAUAUCAGAAUUUUUUUUCAGUCGUGUGAUAAGAGCUCGACGAGAUUUGACUUUUCCCAGGUAGUUUACUCUGGGUGUCUGUUAUCCUAGCGGGCAAAUUUGAUUGGAACAAUGACGACAGCAAUUAUGAUAACGAUGACGAUAACGACAAUGACACUCUUAAUGAUAACGCUAACGAUUACGACAUUGAUACCGUUAGCGAUAAUGAUAACGACCACGACAACGAUGACCAUAAAGAUAACGACAGCUGUUGUUAUGGUGAUCCAUUUUUACUGAGACGAUUAUGCAGCCAUGGAUGACGAGACUAGGGUAUGUGUUUCAUCUUGAACACUUGCUAAGAUAUCACUUUGAUAUGACUAUUUUUUUGGUCUCACAGAACCAACAGAGCCUCCUUACAAAUGCGAAGACAAUCCAGCGAUAGCCCAUUGUCAGAUUGUCAGGAGAGUAAAUUACUGUUGCAUUCCCUAUUACAAGAAAGCGUGCUGCAAGACUUGUGAAGAUCUUUUACCCUCCUGUGAUUACUGAAUUGGCUAACUCCAUGGAAAAACAAUUUCAGGAGUGUUCCAGUUGAUGACUGCUGUCCUUAUAAGGAAUAUAUCUUUAUCACAUGUACAGCAGCAGAGAGCAGAACACUAGCAAAGUACUCGCGCUUUUUACAAAACCAAAAACAUAUUUUAAGAAGAGCUAUAUCGAACUUGAAAGUAACAGCUUCCGAACUACAACAGUCGUGACGAUUUUGCGAUGCCAUCUUUUCUUCACUAUCAAGAGACAGUGACGGCUUAAUUUUUGUAUGAAUUCGAAUCGUACUUUUUGCUAAUAGUUGAGUCAAGAUUGUUUCAUAGCCUAGAAGUUUUGUAGCCAAAAUUCCCAUCAUAAACUGUGUCAACAAAUGCAAUCUUUUCAUAUCAGAAGCUACUUGCAGACACAGGAAAAAAUUCUUAAAGAAAUAUUUAUAAGAGAAAGCUUAUACUUAGCCUGAUGGAAACAAUUAAUUUCGUCAAGUCUGGUGUUUCAGUUUCGUUUCGUAUUCGGGGAAAUCAAAUAUCAUUAAAUAUACGAAAACUCAAACAGAAUUGAGCCUAUCUAUGUGUCUUUUUUUAUAGAGAAGCCAUUAAUUUAAGCGUUCUUAAUGCUCUAAUACUCUGUCGCAUUUUUCUUGGACACUAAAUGAAUUCAUCUAAUGCUUGAAUUUUCCGCGAAAACCAGGCAUCUACUGAAAACUUGCAAGAGAUUUUGGAAAGUGGUCUCUGAGAAAGGAGAGAAAUGGAAAAGAACAGAGAUGGAAUUAAAGAUAAACAUCUUGUCGAGAUUAAUAUGCACGAUAACCAAGACAGAAACUUCUCAUUUUAACUGGGAAUAGGUGGACUUAAAUAAGUCUGUGAAAAUAAAUUAAAAUGCUAUGACAUAAGCCGUCCGCGGUGUGCCAGUUAGAAACUUCCAUUUUUAUACCGAAGAGAACUGUACUACUACAUUUUAACGUAUUUUUUUAUUGAGUAUAAGAAUUUUAUUCAUGAAAUGUUCAAAUGCUUAGGAUACAAAAAUAAAGGAAAAUGGUUAUCACCCUUGUUAUUUCAAGAAAACACUUACGGCGCUUAACUCACCAAGGUACAGGACAGACUUCAAUGAUUGAAAUCUAUAUAGAAAAGAAUAAGGCCCAGAUAGGACGGUCAUAAUGGGUGAUGGCUUUUACGACUGACGGUUAAGAGCUGUUUAUAGAAUGUAUUCAGUUUAUAAUGCAUAUGGUAUAUAGUAGAGAUGGGUGAAGAUGAAUACCCAUAAAAAGCGAGGAUAGUUGAGAUACCGCUUCGCGAGUCGAUUUAUGUGUACUUCUUUAAACGGAUUGCGGAUAAUGGAUUUUAGUAUAUACUAGUAAAAGGUGUUGAAGGCGCGCGCUCAUUGGCUGCUCAAACUCCGAAUAUUCUUUGAUGAAAUAUAGAGCAGUAUAUUUGUUAACUCUUGUCCGCUGGAUAGGGAUUUAUGCUUGGAUAUAGUGUUCGAUAGUGUUAUCAGCCCUUUAUACAACUGAAAUAGCGCUUUUGUGUCUACACUUCUCUCGGCUUUCUUCAUACUGUCAUGAAAUGAAGUCGUUGGUACAGAUAUGAGAAAAUGUGAUGAACUUAGAAUUACAGCUUAGCUGUCACUGAUCGUUUAUUAUAAAAUAAUUCAAAUAGUACGCGCGCUCUAAUUGGCCAUAAAACCAUUUUACAUGAGCGUAUGUAAACAC